AUGCGAGCAUACUCUUUAGCAUUAUUAUCAUUCUCUUCUCAGUUUUAUUUCUCAAAUUAAUUCUAAUUUGGUUCUGAGAACAUCUACCCUGAUUGGAUAUCAGAAACUAAUCUCACUAACUCAUAUUAAGCUAAUCCCAAAUACUAACCCUGCAGUUGUGAUUUAACAGCCAACUCAUGCGAUGCCUAAUGCUGCUGCGAUUAAGAUUGCUCUUUUGCAACAAGAGUUAACUGGGUCUCCACAUCACUUUGUUUAAAUGUUAACUAUAAUAGAACAAAUGGCUUGCCAUUGGCAGACUGUCUAUCUUAAAGAGAAAUUUUUAAUUACAAUAAGAUGAGUGGGCUAUAAUCAUAUGUUGACUCGUUCGCUAAAUUGUUUUGCGUCUAUGUCAACAAUGCUCCUUUGAUGGAUUUCUACUUUGAUCAAAAGAAUUAAAUCACCAAUGAAGAAGUUGACUCUCUAACAAAUACAUUGUCAAAAUAAGGCUUUGUGAGAACAAUAUUUGGAACUGAAAUUGCAGGAAGUCAAUUAUCUUAUUAUAUUGAAGGAGAGAAAAUGUUCUCUAGACUAACUCUCCCAAGUGGUAGCUUAUAAUAAUACUAUAAAGGAUUUCCUUUACCACAAGAAAAUAUGAAUGGUGUUUGCGAUAACUUUAGAUCUCCACAUUUUAUGCAAAACACUGAAUCAAGUUGCAUUUAAAUAGUAGAUAUCUAAAAAGAAUGUCUUUCAGUUAUCAAUCCAAGCUAUUAUACAAAUUACCUAGAGGUUUAUUCUGGUAAAUCAGCAUUUUUUUCUAAAUUGAUAAAAGUUCAAAUUAAUUCAAUUUUUACUUAUGACACAGUAACAAGCAGUUAUACAUAAUCUGCAGCAACUACAGUAAGUGAUACUAUUUUCAAUAAGGAUGCAACGACAAAUACCUGUACGUGCAGUAACUAUGUAAAGGAAGUCCAUUAUACUAUUAAAACUACCCCUCUUGCAGCAACUAAUGUAAUAAGCAGACCAUAUUUUAACGUAGAUAGUGUUAAUGCAAAUAUUGUAUUGGCAUCAUCCCCAUUGUCAGGUAUAUGUGGAUCAAAAGCUUAGGUAGCUCAAAAAUACUCAGUGAAUUUCAUCACUGCUGCGUCAAAUAUCCAAGUUCAAUCAAAAUCAGGCAAUCCAGGAUAUAAAACUGGCGCACCAUUACUUGUUGGAAAAGUUGAUACUAACAGUGGAGGGAUGUAACUCUAUUAAAAUGGAUUCUAAUUGACUGGAGCAGAUAAAUACGGUGCUUGUUUUAGUGCACCAUCAACAGAAAUCACAGAAAUUAGUACUGACUAUGGUGACCCAGUAGUGAAUUUCAGCCAAGAUUUAAAUUACGGUUGUAGUGUUUAAAAAACCUACUCAGAGCUUAAAAGUUACUGCUCAGAUCUAAAUUCGAACAUUGAUGGCAUGCAACUCUUUAAAAAUUUAGAGUUUAUUUAAAAGUUUGGAGAAUUCGGAAAUGCAAAUUUAUACUUCACUUAGGACUGGAAAGAUAUUAAAGUUGAUGUAAGCUACUAGAAAUUAGGAGAUUAAAUAGCUUUCUAUGAUAUAAAUAAAACUUGCCAUUUUUAUCCAAAUGCUCACUACAAGAUUUUCUAUGCCAAAAUGGGUUUCUCAGACAAUCCAUAAAAUUAUAUAGUAGAUAUCUAUAAGUAUUCAGUUCCACAAUAAUGGAGCUUCACAAGAUAGUCAGAUGACCAAAAGCAAACAUAUUUCCAUCAAGUUAGUGUUUAAUUUGUCGAAAUUACGAUGGCUAAUUCUACAAACUCAACAUUCAUAGACCCACCAAUGCAGAGAGUACCAAAGGAUUUCUUUUACCCAUUCUAUAUAAGAAGUGUAGCAAGUAUUAUACAUUUUGGAGUAAUAGGUUCAGUUUUUAUCAUUGCCUUAAGUGUUUUAUGA